AUGUUACCCGGGAACAAGAUCCACCCUAAAAUCUUUCCCGCCAUUUGGCCUCCCGUGUUCCCGCCACUUCCUCCCCAGACCCCAAACCCAGCCGUCCGUCCCACCCCACUCCCUCCUCCAUCCCCGCCGCCGAAGCCCAAAUCCCCACCCCGACCGACCGACGCGCCGCCGCUCCCCACCGGCCCCUCCCUCCGCAGAGCCAGCCCGCCCACGGCAGCGAUGGAGGAGGAGAUCCGCGCGGAGUUCGAGGGCAGCGGCUUCACCAUCGGCGGCGACAGCGCCCAGAUCCUCUCCACGCUGCUGACCUACUGCGUCAACUACAAGUUGAGCCCCGCGGAUCUCGUCUCCAACUGGGAGGUCUACUACCUCAACAGGCAACUGGAUGGAUUAAAGGUCGAAAGCUCAUACCUGGAUGGUUUUCUGUCACACCUUCAAAAUGAAGUAAAAGAAAAGCUUAUAAAAGAAGAAACAGACCUUCACAUCUACUCCAGUAAUGAUGUUGACAUGCUCUUGAGCAAUACACACACAGAUGAAGAGGGCUUCCUGGGCACACCAAGCAUGAAACAGGAAAAGCCACCUGGAGAGUCAUCUAACACCGAGCUAACUCCUCUGACAACCGAAAGGCCAUCAUCCAUCAGAGCAGCUAAAACAAAUGGUGACCGUAUUACCCCUUUUGCACAACGAGUAAAUAAAUUUACUCAGCAUUAUGUUCUGAAUGCUGAUAACGUGGCUAGCCUGCCAAGUAAAGAUGAGGCUGAAACCUCAGAAGAUGAAUUAAUUAGAAGGAUCCCACCAAGUCAAAAGUGUACCUUGCAAGUUCAACGCUCAAAGCCUGAACCAGGUUGCAGGUUCAUGUAUGACAGGAUGGAAGACCGAUUUAAUUACCUGGAAGAUCGGAUUGGAAGGUCAGCAAGAUUGUUUUCUGCAACUGGGCUUUGUGGACAACCUGCAGAUGCUACCCUUGCUUCAGAGGAGAACAUGUUUGCAGUUGGCAUGGUAAUUUGCGAUGGGGAAGGUCGUUUGAAUGAAAAAUCUAUCUUGUUGCAGGGCAGUGUUGAGCACUCCAGGGGACAGCGUGUACGCCUUGAUUUGAAGGAUAUAAACCAGUUCUCUUUGUUUCCUGGCCAGGUUGUGGGUAUUGAAGGCCACAAUCCUAGUGGACACUGUUUUGUGGCAUCAAAGUUGAUUGAUUCCAUACCAGUUUCUGUGGAUGAUCAACUGCCUUGUGCUAAGAAACAAGCUGUUGACCAUGAAGGGCAUCAGAAUUCGAACACACUAUCAAGGGUGUUGUCAUCGGUCAUUGCAGCAGGUCCCUUCACUACAACCGAUAAUCUUUUGUUCGAACCAUUGCAAGAAUUACUCUCAUAUGCAUGCCGUAAGCAGCCCCAAUUGCUCAUACUGAUGGGACCCUUUAUCGACUCUGAUCAUCCUGAAAUCAAAAAAGGAACUUCUGACCAGAGCUUUCAUGAUAUUUUCCAUUUUGAGAUUCUGAGGAAGCUUCAAGAUUUUACCCAGUAUUUGGGGCAUAAUGUUCGCGUAAUUUUUGUUCCAUCUGUGCGUGAUGCUCACCAUGACGCUGUUUUCCCCCAGCCUGCAUUUGACUUGCAUUUACCUGAAGAUAUGACACAACAGAUUACUUGUCUGUCAAAUCCAAGUCUGUUCAGUUCUAAUGAGAUACAAUUUGGCUGUUGCACGGUAGACAUCUUGAAACAGCUGAGUGGUGAUGAAAUUUCUCGCAAGCCACCUGGAGGAAAGGCCGCAGAUAGGAUCGGGAGACUUGCAACACAUAUAGUGAAGCAACAAAGCUACUACCCUCUGUAUCCACCUGCUGCUGGUGUGCCCAUGGACUUCUCACUUGCCAAGGAAGCAUUGGAGAUCCCGUCAGCUCCUGAUGUUCUUCUGCUUCCUUCUGAUCUUGCUCCAUCUGUGAAGGUGCUUUCCGUGAACGAAGACACGGAGGAACAUAAACGGUUCAUCUGUGUGAACCCUGGGAGGCUAGCAAAAGGUAUCGGUGGAGGCACGUUUGUAGAGCUUUACUACAACGAGGACACCGAGAAGACGAAAGCCUUCAUUAUGCGCAUCUAA